AUGGCCCCAACUCGCCUACCAUGGGCCAGUACUGGUCCCGGGACCCCAUACCGGCCGUUAGCGCCGCUCGGCCAGCUGCAGCAGCACCAGCAGCGUUUGGGGAGUGGCAGCGGCGGCGUUGCUGCUGGCCUCGGGCACGAAGGCGAGGACGAAUUGCCCCCUCCCAAUUCGUUCUUCUGUCGCGUCCCUCUGGACCUGGACAACCUCCUCCCCCCGAGCUCCCGCCGCCAGCUCGAAUUGCAGCCAACGCAGCUCCGCCAGGCACGCAACCGCGAACCCUCAGGCAGUCCACCGCGAGUCAACCCCGACAGAGCCUCCUUCUGGGAGCGACAAGGCGAGAGAGGGGACGGUUUCGACGACGACAGCAGUGACGACACCAGCAGCACUGAGUCAAGCGACGACGACCCACCUCCCGAGGCCGCUGAUCCCGAGCACCCUGACGAACCCGCUCGGCUAUUCGACCCUUCCAACAUCACCGAGGCGCAGUCGCGUAGGAUCCUGCACGGCAUCGCUCUUGGAGUACUCACGCUUGAGGACCUGCAGGCGUACCUAGGCCCUCAGUUCCGUGACGCUGCCGCCGUCUUUCGAAGGACCCUCGAAAUCCAGGCGCAAUACGAGGCUGAACGCCUCGAAUGGGUUAACAGUCUCCAACGGACCAUACAAGCCUAUCACUCCACAGCGACAGCGGAACGUCGCACCCGUAGAAAUCAAGAAGCUGAAGACUCUGUGGAGCCUGAAGAGGCUGACGACGAGAAGGAGGCUGAAGAGACCGAGGAGCCUGACGAAGAAGCCACAGACUGUCAGGACCCCUCCAGUCGAGACGAACACGACGACGACGAGAACGGAGGGCCAGGGCAAUCUGGCACUGGAAACGGUGGACACACGAGCGGCAACGACGAGCACGACCGGUCUUCUGACCAAACCCACAGACAGACGGACGGCAGACAGCAGGACCCAGAUCAGGGAACGCACGGCCAGAGACGAGGCGAAGGUGGGUGUGAACAGACAGAGAAGGAGCAGCAGGGCCCGGGUCGAGACCAGUCGGCUGAUCUCGACGCUGGCAACAAAACCAUGGCGCCAAGAUCUGCAGACGAGAUUAUGGUUCACGACUCGAUCGAGGCCAAGGGCGACCAUGACGUCGAAAUGGAGGAUGCACCUGCCGCCACAAACGGUGGACAAUCCACAGCUACGAGGCCCACUGUGAACUCGGGUGACGACGCCAAUGGCGAUGUGGAUGCCGAGGGCGAGAUCGAUGCGGACGCGGAUGCCGAUGCAGACGCGGAUGCCGAAGCAGAUGCAGAUGCAGAUGCCGAAGCAGAUCCAGAUGCGGACGGCGAGGCUGACAGCACUGAGCCGCCCGAGUCUUCGAAAGGUCGGCGCGGGAGAGGACGGUGGCGGAACGUCGACGACCCCAACAAGGAGUUGCGUCAGCUCAUUGAUGACACCCAGAAGUACCUUACCACCUUUACCGAGGAUGACGACGAGAUCUGUGAGCCGUUCCAGCGCAUUCCGCGCAAGAACAUCUUUCCAGACUACCACGAAGUCAUCUCAAACCCAAUUGCAUUUAGCACAGUCCGGGGCAAACUCCUCAAGAAGGAAUAUACGGAGUUCUCACAGUUCGUUUUCGACGUGGCUCAGAUAUUUCGCAAUGCACAGAUCUACAAUCGCCCCAGCUCCGACAUCUUCAAGUACUCCGUCCGGUUGUUGGAGGUGUUCAAGGAGAAGCUACAGGAACUGAUAAACGACGGUUCCAUCUCUGCCGAAGAUGCGGUGCUGCCCGACUUUGGCGAGCUACCUCCCGUGGACCCCUCGCCAGAACCAGGCUCCGAAGACGAGCUCGAGGAAGAGGAUGAGGAGGAUGAGGAAGAGGACGAAGACGAGGACGACGACUCCUCAGAUGACGAGGGCGGCAGGCGACGCGGCCGCCGCCGUGGCCGUUAUUCCAAGAAGGACGCCGACGAUGACGACGACUACCACAAGAAACGUGGCCGUCCACCGAAGGUGUUUACUCCGACGGAAGCCCGAAUCAAUGCCGUGCUCAAAGGUCUGCGCAAGCCAAAAGACGAGGACGGGAACCUACGCGUCCUCGACUUUGAGAGGCUGCCCGACAAGCAGCUCAACAAGGAAUACUACCAAGCGGUGGCCAACCCGAUCGCCCUUGACCAAAUCAAGCGAAACGCCAAGCGCAAGAAGUACCGAGAUGUGGACGAGUGCCUUGCAGAUCUGGAGCUCAUGUUUCGCAAUGCGAUGCAGUACAAUGAGUCUGACAGCCAGAUCCACGAGGAUGCGGUUGAGCUUCUGAAGGAGGCGCAGAGGCUGGUUGAGCAGGAGAAGGCCAAGCCAGAUGAUGCCUUCCGCGAUGAAGAGGGCAAACUGCCCCUCUCAGAGGCCCAGCACAAUGGCGAAGUUUGGAGAGUUGGCGACUGGGUCCAUAUCCGCAACAUGAACGACCUCGAGAAGCCCAUCGUGGCGCAGAUCUACCGGAUCUGGCAGGACGAGGCUGGAAAGAAGUGGAUCAACACAUGCUGGUACUACCGUCCGGAGCAGACGAUCCACCGCGUGACGAAGCGCUUCUACAGGAACGAGGUCAUGAAGACGGGCCAGUACCGCGACCACCGGAUCGAGGACAUUGUGGACCGCUGCUUCGUCAUGUUCCACACCCGCUACCACAGGGGCCGGCCCCGAGGUCUGCCGCCGGGAAAGGAGGUGUAUGUCUGUGAGGCGCGCUAUAACGAGGAGAAGUUCACCUUCAACCGCAUCAAGACCUGGACCAGCUGCCUGCCAGACGAGGUGAGGGAGAAAGACUAUGAGAUGGAUCUCUACGACAUUCCUCGCAAGGCCAGAAAGGAGCCGACUCCUAUUGCGCACCUCCUCAACGAGAACGCAAAGGAGACGGACGCGAUGCCGAAGCCGAACUGGGGACACAAGGACGCGCCGCCUAUAAUAGGUGGUGUCCACAUCCGACCCCGGGAGCCAAAUGACUCCCCUUCGCCAGAGCCGACCCCAGAGCCGGCAGCGGUCCCACCGCCCUCGAUGGCAGCUGCUGACCCGAUUCGUCGACAAUCUGUCCCGAUGGGCCCUGGGUCGACCGCCUUCCACCCCGGCGUGCCGGGCCCGAUCCCUUCCCCUUCUUCUGCACAUGCACAUGCGCAUGCAAACCACUACCAGCCGCCGCACUUCAUCCAGCGCCCGAUCCCGACCACGCCUAGCGCCAUCCCCGUCGGGUCUGCUCAUCACCAGUACGCGCACCAGCAGCACCAUCAGCAGCAGCACCCGCACCAGCAGCAGCACCACGCCGCCCCUUCGCCCGUGCACCACCACGCUGCCGCCCCCCAUUUUGCUCCACCGCACCCCAGCUACGGCCACCAUCCUCAGCAGCACCAGCACCACGCGCCACCGCCGCCGCACCAGCACUCACAGCCCCAUUUCGUGCCCAGCGCCACGCCGGUGGGUCAUCACCACCACAUCCCAACCCCAGGCAGCUUCCCAGGCCAGCCGCAAACCCCUUACGCCGGCCAGCCCCAGCACCACAACCCGCGCAUGCCAAUGGCGCCCACCGCGAGCAACACGGCAAUCCCGCAUGCUAAUGCCAACGCGACCAUGCACGCAGCGCCGCGGUACGACUCGUGGGUCCUGUACGACGACGUCGACGCCGCCAUCCCGCAGGAGGUGCGCGACCAGUACCAGACGGACGACAAGGGCCACGUGCUGUUCUUCACCGCGCCCCCCCAGAACAGGCCCAACCACGGCGUCGCAGAGGAGAACGCGACGCUGGGCCACAGCGUGCGGUACCUGAGCGACAUCGCACAGCACCGAGCGGAGCGGGAGCGCAAGCGCAAAGAGCGCGACGACGCACUGCGGCAGCAGGAGGCCGACCGGGCGGCGCGUGACAGGGAGCUCCGGGAGGAGACGAGCCGCCAGAUGAGCGCUGCUGCAGGGCGCCAUAUCGGUGAUUGGAUCCUGGGCAUGCAGCGCGAGAACGAGGAGAUGGAGAGGGAGCUCGCGCCCGUGCGCCAGCAGAAGGCUGCCUGGAUCGCUGAGAGGGAUGCGCUGAAGCAGCAGCACUGAGACUGGGCGAGUCUGCCUGGCGAUCCUGCCCGCCCACGACAAGGAAUUGUCGUCUCACACUCCCCAAUUUAAUCGAAGACUCGCUCCUCAUCAAUCACCCUGACACCUUUCACCCAUCCUGCCUUUCGACCGGGGAGAAGGAACAGAGCCGGGGCUGAACAACGCAGCACAGUCCCUGCUUACGACUUGACUUUUCCCACGAACGGCACAGAUUAUACCCAGGCGUUGCAGCACACGACGGUCUGAGGUUUCCAAGUUUUCAUCAUUAUUCGAACCCCUCGUCUCCCGUGACAAUGACGGGCUUGGGGGUUUAUUUGACUUGUGCCCUAUGGGCGGAUCACUGUAAGGAGUUUCGGGGAUAAUCAAAAAAAGAAGAGAGACUCCUUGGGGACAGAAGCGGGUGAUGCGAGAGCUAUCUGACGGAAGUCCUUACUCGGCUUCUUACUUUAUGAGGGGAUUGAUCUCUUGCUGAUGACGCAUGCCAUGAUGGCUGACGAGUUGGCGAUGAGGAUGCAGCUGAAUGGCUGGGGGUAGAUAGCUCUGCAGAUACUCAAAAAUCUGUUGUAUUACUGU